AGCAAGUUGCUAAUGGCAAUCGAGAGUGGGACGGAGGCGUACAAAGGGAAAUCUCUUGACGAGAUUGACUUCUGCUUAGAAGUCCCCUCAUCUUCAGAAGUGGAACCUGGACAGGAGUCAAUUAGCGGAAGUUCUAAGAACGUCUUAAGUGAGAGUUCUUCUGAAUCCACUCAAGAAUCAGAUGAAGAAACAAACCUUGUGACAUCUGAGGUGUCGUCUUCAAGACGACCAGACAGGCGCAAGAGGACUAAGAAAACAGGGUCCUCCAAAGAAAAGAGGCCAAAGAUGGACUCAGAGACACUUCAGGAUUCAGCUGAAGAAACAAACCUUCCGACAUCUGAGGUGUCGUCUUCAAGACGACCAGACAGGCGCAAGAGGACUAAGAAAACAGGGUCCUCCAAAGAAAAGAGGCCAAAGAUGGACUCAGAGACACUUCAGGAUUCAGAUGAAGAAACAAACCUUGUGACAUCUGAGGCGUCGUCUUCAAGACGACCAGACAGGCACAAGAGGACUAAGAAAACAGGGUCCUCCAAAGAAAAGAGGCCAAAGAUGGACUCAGAGACACUUCAGGAUUCAGAUGGUGUGGAGCCAUCUUUCCUCCAGAAAAAAAGUCGUCCCAGGCCUUGGAGUACUAUAGAAGAACAAGCAAUAUGGCGACAGCUUGGACAGUUCAUAACUCUGAAAAGAGUUCCUGGUAAAAAUGCAUGUAUCAAGGCUCUUGAUGCAGAACCGGUACUCUGCAGCCGUGAUUGGAGGGAUGUGAAGAACAAAGCAUACAAUGCCAUCACAGCCCUUAAAAGUAAGCAGAUGUAGCCAAUUGUUUUGUUUUUUUUGUUUUUUCCUGCCUUCAUAUUAAGCUGAAACUGAGAUAGUUACAUUUGUUAGUGUUUAAAACUGAAGAAAUACAGCGUAUCUCAGCUUUUUUGAUUCAAAUGAAAUGAUGUGUGUUAAAAGUAGAAUAUCUGCCUUUAAAAUGUAGUGGAGUGGAAGUAUAAAGUGGCAGUAAAAAGAAACACUCAAGUAAAGUACAAAUUCCUCAAAUUGUACUGAAGUACAUAGCUUGAGUUAAUGUACUUCAACUCAAAUUAGCCUGGGGCCACUGCUGAUAUUGUCAUCUCAUUGGAGGGCCACUUCAGCGUUCCAGUACAACACGAAAGCACAAUAUUUCUGAAAAUGAGGUUCUUUAUUUCAGCUUCAGCAUCGUUCUUAGCUUUAUGGAAAAGAGAUAUCCGUCCUCGCUAUAGUCCAUCUUCCUUGGAACUGUCUGUGUUCAUCAUCCACUUCUCUUUCUGAUUUGGAAGGAGACAUCUUUGUUAUUCACAGCCAAACAACAAAUGAAGCUUUGAACCUGCUCACUUAUCAACAGCUGGUUAUGUACGGGAACCUUUGACCUUUGCCAUUAUUAUGCACCAAACUAAAUGCAUUCUUAAAAAUAGAAUUGUGGUUUUGUUUUGUUU